AUGGAAACAACCGCCUUUAGCGAUCUCGAGUGCAAGUUCGACGAAACUGAUGUAAUUGUUAUGGACACAGGGUCGGGUCUCACUAAAGUGGGCUACAGUGGCUACGACGUCCCUGUGAGGGUUAUCCCGACUGUGGCCUUUCAAGGCGAGUUUACUCGAGAAAGUAUGGCUUCUCCUUAUGCCCAUGAUCUGGGCUCGUUUGAUGACAGUCUGAUCCUUGAGACUACCAGUGGGAGUCGGGCAAGCACAGCUGAGGCCAAGGAUGCAAAGCUGUACGGUAAAGAUGCGAUCCAUGCCUUCGUCGAGAGUGGUGGCCAACAAGCGAGUGCUGGUGAACGGCAAAUAAUACGACCAGUGCAACGUGGUGAGAUCAUUGAUAAGGAUCAUCUCGAGGCCUUCUGGGAGUACACACUGAGACAGAUAAUGAGACCAUCCAAGCGGAAGCUCGAUGGUGGGGUCGUUACUCGUCAGAUCCACCCUUGA